AUGGAACAACCAGGCGCAGGCGCAAGCGGUGGGGCUGACAGCGAAGAUGCGAAUGCGACAGAAUACGUCCGUGACGACGACGGUUACUUGACCACAGUUGAGGAGCUGCGGGAAAGGAAGGACGCCGAUGCCUGCCUGGCCAAUUCCAUCCGGGAAGAGAUCCAAGUCCGCGAACGGCUGCGACUCGAAUCGCUACGCACCGGAAAUCCUGUCGCACAUUCCAUCCCGCAGGAGGUGUACGACUGA